AAAGUGGGGGGAAAAUAACAAGGCAGGCAGCUCCCAAAAUAAGGGCAAAAGAAAAUUUUCAAGAAAGGGAUAGAAGAAGAAGAAGACAACAGGGCUGAAUCUCCGGCGCCGUUAUUCUACCACUCAGUCCGAACCCGGAAUUCUCCCGCUUUCCGUCGACACCGGCAGAAAAACGACAAAAAAAGGUCAAUAUGGGCGACGGUGGUUCCGACACCGGCGAAGACCCGAUGUUGGACUCUCUGAUCUGCGUCGCUGGUUCCUCGAUCAAGAGGUCCGGCUUCAUCGCCUCACACUCCUCAGAUGAACGAGAGAGACGAGUGAUUUUUGUGAAUGCCGGCGGCGAAGAGCUGAGACGACAAGGACACUCCGAAAUUGAGGUCGAAACAGAUAGGUUUUUCCAAGGAGGCGAUGUUCUGCGAACGGACGAGGAAGUUGCCGACGGCGGCGAUUUGCCGUCGAUUUAUCAGUCGGCGAGGUGCGGCAACUUCUGCUACGAGUUCCGAGACUUGCCGCCGGGAGACUACUCCGUCGAUCUCCAUUUCGCUGAGAUUGUGUACACGAAUGGGCCAAGAGGCAUGAGGGUGUUUAAUGUUUUCAUUCAGGACGAAAAGGCUGUGUCUGAGCUCGACGUGUACUCUAUAGUUGGAGCAAACCGUGCCCUGCAGGUGAUGAACAUUCCAGUUUCAGCUGGGAAAGAUGGAGUGGUUUCUGUGAAUUUCCAAGGAGUUGUAGGAAGUCCUACAGUCAGUGGAAUUUGUAUAAAGCAAGGAGCGCCAGAAUUACAGUUGGUAUCAAGCGGAAGGGAUGGUAAGAGUCUGCUGUGUGACAAUUGCUUCGCCCCAGUCAAACUCACAGCUGCCGAGAAUAAGGCAGCGAGGAUGAGUUUUACAGCGAAAUAUGAAAGGGAGAUAAGGGAGUUGAAAGCUCAGUGCCAGAUGAAGCAAGAUGAAUGCUACGAAGCUUGGAUGUCACUAACUGCAGCGAACCAGGAGCUAGAGAAGGUCAGGGCUGAGCUUGAUGUUAAGUUCUUCCAAAAUUUCACUCUAGGUCAAGCAAUGGAAAAGGAAACAGAAAAGAUGGCGAAGAUUUCUAGUAAAUAUGAACAUGAUAGGAGACUGUGGGUUGCAGCCAUUGAUGAAUUAGAAAGGAAAAUGAAGGCUAUAAAGUCGGAACAUUCUCAGCUGUCUUUUGAAGCUCAUCAAUGCGCCAAUUCAAUUCCUGGGCUGAACCAGAUGGUAACUGCAGUUCAAUCAUUAGUUGGUCAAUAUGAUGACCUGAAGAUGAAGUUCAAUGAAGAGCAGGAAAGGAGGAAGAAGCUGUACAACCAACUGUUGGAAUCAAAAGGGAACAUAAGGGUGUUCUGCAGGUGCCGCCCAUUGAACAUGGAGGAAGCAUCAUCUAGGCCUCAAACUGUAGUAGAGUUCACUGAUGCUAAAGAUGGGGAUCUUGGUGUGCUUAUGAAUGGUUCAAACAAGAAAAUCUACAAAUUUGAUCGAGUCUACACACCUAAGGAUGAUCAAUGUGAUGUUUUUGAGGAUGCUUCUCCCGUGGCAACAUCUGUGUUAGAUGGUUACAAUGUAUGCAUAUUUGCCUAUGGACAAACUGGAACUGGGAAGACUUUCACCAUGGAAGGCACCGAGCAGAAUCGAGGGGUCAAUUACCGAACACUAGAACUGCUGUUCAAAAUCGCGGAGGAUAGGAAAAAAACCAUCUCAUAUGACAUAUCUGUUAGUGUGCUUGAAGUUUACAAUGAACAGGUCAGAGACUUGCUGGCAUCCUCACCACCGGCAAAGAGGUUGGAGAUCAAGCAAGUUUCUGAAGGGGUUAAUCAUGUGCCAGGAGUAGUUGACAUGAAAGUUGAGAACGUUGAUGAAGUUUGGAACAUUUUGCAAACUGGAAGUAAUGCAAGGGCAGUAGGAUCAAACAAUGUGAAUGGACACAGCAGCCGUUCACACUGCAUGAUAUGCACAGUGGUAAGAGCGAAGAACCUUGUCACUGGAGAAUGCACAAGGAGCAAGCUAUGGCUUGUCGAUUUGGCUGGCAGCGAGAGGCUCGCAAAGACAGACGUUCAAGGAGAGAGGCUAAAGGAAGCUCAGAGUAUCAACAAAUCACUUUCUGCUCUUGGAGAUGUCAUCUCUGCUCUUGCAACUAAAAGCAGCCAUAUCCCAUACAGGAACUCGAAGCUUACACAUUUGCUCCAAGAUUCAUUAGGUGGUGACUCGAAAACCCUGAUGUUUGUUCAAAUAAGCCCUUCGGAGCAUGACUUAGGCGAGACAGUGAGCUCUCUAAACUUCGCCACUCGGGUUCGAGGAGUCGAGCUAGGUCCUGCAAAGAAGCAGAGCGAUACGACUGAGAUUCAAAAACUGAAAUUAAUGUUGAAAUGUAAAGAUGAUACUAUCCGCAAGUUGGAAGAGAAUGUUCAGGUUCUGGAAGGGAAGACGAAAAGCAAGGAGCAAUUUUCCAAAAGCCAACAAGACAAGAUAAUUGAUCUUGAAAACCAAGUUGAACUGAAAGCAGAGCUAUGUGGUCAUCUAGAGAAACGGUUGUCACAUGUAUAUGAAAAAAUGCAGAGAAAGGAAGAAGCUUGCUACAGUUUCCAGCAAAAGGUUAAGGAGUUAGAGGACAGAUUGCAAGAACAAGAGCAAGCCAGCUCCAUCAAUUCUAAAGCCAAGACCAGGGAGCUUGAAGACGCAGUGAAGGAGAAAUCACAACAGUUUCAACGUCACACGGAAAUGCUUCAAAAACAGAUCAAAAUGCUGGAAGAAGAGUUAGAAGCAAAACAAGGAAGGGAGUACAUGUACAUUUCAGAACCAACGGACACGUUCCAAGCCAGAAAAGUCGAAGCAAAACCGCUAAAAAUAGAAGCAGAUCCCUUCAGCCUCAGGAGCUUGAACUCUACCAGCAGUGGAACAUUAUUGAACAGGGGGGAACAAUCUAUACUGCUCAAAGGUACAGAUUCGUUGCGGGCAUUGAGGCAUAAACGAGACCUCCAAAGCAAAGGGCCAGAGAACAACUUGUUUCUUGUAACACCCACUGCUCACAAGAAGCCAGUUUCUGCAGAGUCUGAACCAAGCAAAGCAAGGCACCUUGACCCAUCUAGAGCAUUUGCAAGAAUUUCUAGAGGGGGAAAGCCAGUGGGUUCAGGUUCAAGUGCAUUCCCAAAUAGAGUGAAGGAAAGUGACAGUAGCAGAGUGAAGAUUUGGUUGAGAUAGGCUUUUUGGACAAUCUGCCACCCUUCUUCCCCAUCUCAGCUACUGUGGUAAGUGAGAUUUUGACUGUGAGGAUCGAUUCUCCAGAAUUCAGCUGCUGAGCUGCUCAUGAGUUUGUGUUGUAUUCGUUAGUGUAAGCAUAUGUAGGAUCCUGUAGCCCACCGCUGCACCGAAAGUACUUCAGCUUGCCUUGCAAUGAAAUCUGCAACAACCAACUUUGUUCACGUUGGGAUGGGGGCCGGCCAAUUUGCAGACAUGGGCAGUUUCAAUGCGUUACUAUUUGACUCUGAAAACUGGAAAAACAAGGCACGUCUUAGGUAGAAAUUUGGUGGAGGUUCUCAAGAGCUUCACUUUAAUCCGUGCUAAAGGGAGUUGUGAGGCUUGGAUCGCUGGCCUAUCCGGACUUUAUGUAACUAGCUUUCAUGGUUGUCAUAUUGAUGACAUGCUAGCUGGUUGAAUCGGUGUCGAUUAUGAAAUCGAGAUAAAUACCAUCGAUAUGAUCGAUUCACGAACUCUUAAGUAAAAU